AUGGCUCUACGUACGGCCUUCUUCGCCCUGGCAUUCGCUGCCUUGUGCGCUUUUGUGUAUGAGCGCGCGAACGUCGUCAAGACAUUCUACGUCAAUCACCCCAACCGGAUGGCCCGGAUCAAUGCGACCGGAAGCUAUGAUAUUAAAUUCCAGGAUCGCAUCAGAAACUGCGAGGAUGCCUUCCUCCUCGAGGACAAAGGGCUCGCCAUCUUGGCCUGCGACGCUGGACGCGACAAUUGGAACACGGUGAUGGGUGUCUUCCAUUCACCUUCAAUCGCCCAAGGUGAACUUUUUGUGUACAAUUACGCGACCAGCGGUCUUCUCGACGCCGACCGGCUAAAGAAGAUUGAGCUCGUCGGCUUCCCUGCCAAUCUCGACUUUCACACCGUGGGCUUUGGCUUCGACAAGGAGUCUUCCAACCUUUUUGUCACCAAUCAUGCCCGGACAGGCUCUCAAAUCGAGCAGUUCAAGCUCGACAUCGAACGCCUCGUGGCUACUCACGUUCGGUCGAUCAAGCACCCAGACCUGAUUGGACCGAAUGCGAUCCUCGCUCUCAAUGCCGAGGAGCUUCUCGUAAGCAACGAUCAUUACUUUCUUGUAAGAUACUUCAGGCCGUUGGCCAAGAUCGAAACAUAUCUCGGUCUCCCUACAGGGCCCGUUGUCUACGUCAAUCUGCAAGACGGCCAAGUGAAGACCAAAGUGGUGGCCCGCGUGCCGUUUCCCAACGGCAUACAUCUCCUCAAUGAUACUACGUUGGCAGUGGUGUCAUCAAGCAGGGCGACUAUAUUAUUUUAUACUGUGCAUGAUUACCAGAACCUCGAGUACCGUUCGAAGGUCGACCUCCCGUACUUCCCUGAUAAUUUGGCUGCGUCUGGCGACAAACUUUUAAUCGCUGGGCAUGCGCAUCUACCAACCGUGGCCAAGUUUACCGAGAGCCGUCACAUCUGCAACUUCCCGGAGAAGCUGGCAGAAGCACCAUCAGAGGUUCAAGAAUAUUGUCGGAACGCGUCCGCCACUUCUUGGGUAUCCGAGUGGAGCGAGGCUGAGGGCGUGAAACACAUUUACGCUGGAACCGACUACCCUACUAGCUCGACAUUCCUGAGGGACUCGCAGCGGAACGUAGGGAUCAUCGUGGGCUUGUAUGCCAAAGGUAUCAUGGUCUUCAAAGAGUAA